AUGGAAGCCAUCGGAUUGAACAGCCAGUCAGUAAAUGGUGGAAGCAAAUUUGUGGGCGGAAAAAACCUUUUUCGUUUACUAUAUUUUGCUCGCGAAACCCAAUGCGAAGAGGAUAAUGCAAAGCCAGUGUUGGAUGAGCUAGAGGUGAUGCGAUUGUGCUGCAGUUUCGGGAUGAUGCCGUCGAUCAAUCCUAAAGACUUCGACUUUAGCGUCUUACACGCCCGAGAAUUUGAUGCAGAUUUCAGUCGCUUUUUAUCACAUGAUCUGCUUGAAGAUUCGUGUCUCAGAGAAGUGAAGCUAAAAGGUGCGUUUGGCAUGAAAACCCAAAUUUCGAAUGCGCUACUUGACAUGAAAGCAUGCUCGGCUGAAACGCUCGUGAAACUUGCUGACGCAUAUGACGGAAUUUACUGCGUGAAGCUUAAUUUUGAAGACUCUUUAGACUAUCAUAAGCAGGAAAAAGACGUAAGUGGCUUGUUCGUAUUUUGUUGGAUUCGUGACGAGCUGUUUCAGUCUCAAAGGCUUCGAGAUAUUCCAACAUUCGUACUACGGUUUUUGACUGGGAUAACGUCAGACAUAAUUUGUUGCACCUCACCAUCAGAUCAAGAUCAGAUUGAGGCUGCUAUGGCGACGUCGGAUGAGUGUGAAGACGACGCGCUGUCGUCGUAUUCGGUCUCGUUUCACAUUGAGAAGCAAGAAGAUCAGUCUGAUAGUACAUCAUGUGCGACCAUUUCUUCUAUUGAUUUAAAAGAGCCUCCCGAAGAGUGUAUAAAUUUAUGUUUGCUAAAGGGGAGCUACCCAGCCAUCUCGUUCUUGAAAAUAGUGAAGUCGAUGACGCAUCGUCAGCAAAUCAGCCGGACUUAUCGCGGUAAGGAGCAAUCAAAAUUUGCUGAGUGGCUUAAAGCUGAGUCUCAGAAAUUUCGGAUUGAAUUAAACCGAGGAAUUAUCCGGGCACCAAAAGUAUGCGAAAGCAUUCUGAGAGCAUUUGAUUCAUGGCCUGAGGACGAGAUUGAAAGAUCACGAAAGUCUCAGGAAAUCGAAAAACAAGAAUACCUCGAUACAGCAUUUAAGGAACUUGAGAAGGAAAUCGCUGAUCAACGUGCGGCGGUUAAGCAUGCAGAGGCUCUCAUGUUCCGUUUCUUCGCCGAUAAUGCAGCAGGUGAAUGCUCAAAGAGUGCGUCGCUGCAGAUAGCUUAUAGUGAUUACAACGCAUUUUUGAAGUGGACACUAUCCACGCGCCACCGGUCGAUGAACAAAAUGCUUGAAGCCACCUUAAAUCUACCUUUGAAUCUCAGAGCAGUCAAGGCAACGCUUUAUGCUCUUUUCUGUAGUGGCAAAAAUAGCGAGUUGAUCAGGAUUGUGAAUAUGUGUGCUACAUCAUCACAUUCGGAUAUUAUGAAGACCAUUUCCAUGCAGAAAGCUGAAAAGAAAAACUCAAUGAUGGAGAUCGACGACAAUGAAAGCAAAUGGGAACAAUUCUCAAAGACAAUAUCUGCACCACUGGAGAAGUUACAAGCUAAAUGGCUGAUUGCUGUCGACAGUGUCUUCGCUGAGGCAAGAAGUACAAAGCUUGACGAAUUAAAGAAAACAACAAGAAAAUCUCAAAAUGAUCGUGAAAAGAGAAUCAUGGAAUGCAGACUCGACCAGCUCAUCGAUAAAUUGCGCUCUAAAGAUGGAUUGUCAAUAUCCGUGUCCGCGAGCAACACCGGUAAAGCCAUAGUCUGCAAAGCAGUGAAAGAAGUGAUCAGUCCGCCGUCUGUGUGCCAGGAUAUUGUAAAGCUGGCUUCGCAAGGAGACGGCUUGGUAAACAUAGAAGGUCAGGAGCAUUUGGGCCAGCAUCGGGUGUCACCCGACGAUAAACUCGUAGCAACGUUCACAGUUAAGGUGCGCUCCGCAAUAAUUGUAUGCACAGGAAGGGGCCGAGUGUACGUUCGAUUCAUAGACUUUUUUCCGAGCACGAAUUCUGAAAAGUCUUCACGCGUAAAUGAAACCAUCGUUGACACUUUUGGAAAAGUUCCAUCACUCUGCGAUUAUGAUGCUCGCACCAGACUGAUUACCUUUGUCCAUAACGAUUGUGUAUCAGUUUACAAGUUUAACGAAACAUUCAAGAAGAUGGAAUUGAUGAAAGUCGUUAAUUUGAGCAUGCGAUCAACGUUGGUAGACCUACCAUUUACAGAUGUUUUGCUGCUGAAUGACACGUUAUAUAUCACCGAUUCAAGCGGGCACUCACAAGGUAUCGGUUUGCACAACGACCAGACAUCAAAUGUCAUGAGCGUCCACGAUGACAUUGAUAAGCAAGUAGAGUGCAGCAAGCUACUGGGCCUGGCUGACAAUCUUGCUCUUGGAGUGAUUUCGUACACACAAAUUGAUGAUGGUUUGUUUACAGGAGUUCUCGAGUGCAUUUCUCAUGACAAUCAUCGCCGCCUUCCACUUUUACGUUUGGGAAUUAAUUUCCUCACUCACCACGUGAGCGUUCAAAUUGUUGAUGACGGGUUACUCGUGCUGGAUCCAAUUGCACGAAAACUGUACUUAUUUACUAUCCACGUGACGGUACGUAGUGAUUCUUAUCGGUUGCGGCGGUGUGAUAUGAGGGAGAAUGAUGGUUCUGGAAGAGGUGCCAUAUCUCCACGCAAGCAGCACUGGAUCUAUACUUUCUAUCAUGUUUUCGAAAAAUUUCCCGUACAUGGUCUGUUAGAAAUUGGCAAGCCACCUGCCAUAUUAAUUCUUGUCGCUUGUCCUGGCGUGGAGGAUAUAAAUGCUGCCUUACAAAUUUAUCACGACUUUCUUUCGCUACUAAUGAGCGAUCUUAUGGCUUUGAACAAACCGCUUUAUGGAUUAGACUUGACCAGUGGUUUUGGUGUGCAGCUUUCUCUAGAAGGCGUGAAAAUGGGUUUGAUACCUUUAAAAUCCUUUUUUAAAAAAGUGAUAACAUUUCUGCCGGUUCAAAUCUGUCGUGCGGAAGGAAAUGCACUUACAAUUCUUCAUGAUGGAACCGAUUUGUUGUUUGAGGAAGAGGAUACACUCGCUUGGGAGGCGGCGGAUAUCGCAGAGUCGAUUCGCUUUGGAUUAUUGUCCCCUUUAUUGUACGCUUGGCAAGGCCGUUGUGUGGUAAUUACAUCGAUGGGAAAGCAGUCAACAGGCAAGAGUUAUUUCUUAAACCACCUGACUGGAUCAUCAUUUGCUAUUGCUGGUAAUCGCUGCACUCAUGGCGCAUGGAUGACGCUUCGGAUUAUGCAAGAUUUCCUUCUUGUCGUACUCGAUUUUGAAGGCCUUGGCUCAUUUGAACGCACAGAUCAGGAGGACGUAUUUUUGUCGGUGCUUAAUGCAUCUCUGUCAAAUUUUACCAUUUUUCGAAUGGAAAUGCGCUUCGAUAAGGACAUUGAAUGCUCGUUGUAUAUGAGUGUCAAGGAUAUCAAUAUAAAUGAUUGCGAUGGUGUGCUCUCUGAGUUUAAUCAGAAGUUUCAAAAAACAUUGACUGCCAACCGCGAAAAUUCCUUUCUAUCUGAGAUGUACUCAGGUAAACUGGAAAUCAACUGCUCACCACCUCUUGGUUCGUUGGGGUACUAUGAGUCGCUGCGUCGUGCUCGACAACUUGUUACAAAAUUGGUCACUGAGUCAGAUGCUUUCCAUGGAUAUGAAAGUGGAAGCUCUUUUCACGAUUGUAUUCGUUUGGUCCUCGCUAAAAUUUCUAUAUUAGAUUGGACUGCUGUCGACGAGAGUUCUCAGCAAUUGCAAAUGAAUGAGCUUUAUCGUAAGAUACCUGGAGCUAUUCGUUCGGGGUGUCUUAUCCCCGUAGAAGCUCAAUUAAAAGAGGAAAAUUUGCCAAAAGGUCUGAAAGAUGUGUUGCUGCAUAACAAAAGCGACUUGUGCUUGCUUGGCCUGGAGCAGCUCAGUUGCGACUAUCCCGAGAUAUCAAAAAACUGGGCGAUUGUCAAUCAAAUAUUCUCGUUGGAUGAAAUAGACGACGAAAGCGUGGAUUUUGGACCUGCAGUUUGCUUUCACGAAGACGUUAGGACUAGCUGCAUCCACUCCUCGCUAUCGGCUCUUUUUCAAAGAUAUUUGUCGCUGAGAGGUUCAUUUGGGAAAAUUACGGAAAAAGAUUAUAUCAAUUUUGACGCAAUGUUGUCAUUUCUGGUUUGCCGCCGCAAAAUCAAGGCCAUGCUGUGGGUAAAACAAUUUUUAGGGUCGGAGCGAUUCAUGGACAAGUGGUUUCAAAUCGAGCAAGCAUUCAUUCUUCCAUUUGAAGCGUUAACCAAGCGAUGCCAACACUGCUGUACGAAGUGCCAUCUUCAGUGUAUGCGAUCAGCGUGUCAUUUGUAUAAUGAUGCCCACGACUGCGGCAUGGAUCAUGUGUGCCGUAAUUUAUGCGAAUAUUGCUGCCGACUUGAAAAGGAGGAUAUGCCUCGAUGCGUUGGAAAGGCUGGCCACCCAGGAAUAUGCGACUGUGUGAAGGGCGAUCACACAUGUGGGAAACAGUGUAGUCUGUUUGGUUCAUUUAACUGUGGAGGAUAUUGUGCGCUGCUUGGCGGACAUGUAGGAAACCAUCGUUGCUCAGCGAAGCAGCACGCGUGUGGAAAGACAUGCAGUGCGAUAGAAUGCCACGGACAGUGCAUUUUGAACACAGAAUGUCAUCACACCGUGCACAAGUGUGCUGAAAUACGGUGCAGACGAAUGUGUGAGGUGCUUGGAUGCAACGAGCGGUGCAGCACUACAAACCACUUUCAUGGCCAAUCGGAUGUGGAAGUAAAGUUUGCUGAUGAGACUGGCCAAACACGUGACACUGUGGAAAAAUCUGAAAAAAUUGUUCAUUUGUGCGAUAUGCGCCACAGAUGCAACGAAAACUGUCAAGCAAAAGGAAUUUGUAAUAAAAGCGUUCAAGUCUCCAUGAAAAAGUUCUCGGGAUCAUGUGAUAACUUUGAUUUCGAGCUAAAGCAAAUGGUUGGAGUUCGCAACAAGUGUGCCAUUAUUCUUCAACCUGGAGUCACAAAUCACGAUGGUAUCGCUCACUCGUGUUCAAAGCUUCUGCCGGAUGGAUCGAGUAGUGUUCACGGAUGCGAUGUGAGAUGUGAAGCGUGCGAGUACUAUUGCGAAAAAAAUAUUGGACAUGAAGGAGUGCAUUCUGCCGCACAUGGAAGUAUGCGCAAUAUGCAAUUUGUCGCUGAAGAUGACAUUAUUCAUUGGAGUACCCACACGUAUGUGCCAGGUGAAAAGGGAAUAGCCGAGAUGUGCAACGUGUACUGUUCUACAGCCGGACGGGGUCAUGUUCAUUACGUGAAGUGUGAUAAAAUGAAUGCUUUUGACUGUGUCUAUACUGGUUUGCAUGACCAACGUCGCCACUGUAAGACCAAGCUGAAACCUAUUCUAAUGCACGAAGUUGAUGAACUUCUACAUGAAACUUACUGGAAAACUAUUGGGUGGGAAGAUCCCUGUCGAUCAGCGCUCGAACGUGAACACUUUGCAAAAUGUCCAAACUUUUGUGAUGCUGCUGAGCACAAAGGUGCUGACAAGUCACCGGGUCAUCGCUUCGCUUGUUCUCACGUGUCGUCAACUGGUAAAUUACACCAUGUCCUCGUGCUCGAUUGCUCUGGGUCAAUGCGAGGGCGACCGUGGCAGAAUUUGAUAAGUGGUGUUCGCGAGUAUCUGCAAAGUCGAUUAUCUGCUGGCGAAACAGAGGAUAUCGUAUCAGCGGUGACGUUUGGAAAUCGCGGCAUUAUUGAAUUUGAAGGCUUUCCUAUCGAACAAGCCCCAAUUCAGCACAUUGAAUUUCAUGGAGGUGGCACUUUCUACUCAAAUGGAUUAAGUGAAGCUAGCGCUGUUUUCUCCCGCUCCGACCUAAAGAAUUACAAACCAGUGAUGAUAUUUUUCACAGAUGGGCGUCCAGCUGAUCGUAAGAAAGGACCAGCAUUAGCAGUAGACGUUCGAGAUCGGUUUGCCAAGUUUGGUUUGCGGACAUUUGUCGUGGGCUAUGGACGAGCAAGUGACUUGGGGCUCUGUGAUCUUGCGCAAAAGCUGGGCGGAUCAGUGCAUGAAGCACUCUCUAGCGCGGAUUUGACGGGAGCUUUUCGUUCAAUCUCGAUAUUGUUGGGAGCUCGCGCAGGUCUCGUUCACACUUUUGACGCAAAAGAUGACAAAGCAAAGUAA